AGUAGAGUUGAGUUGAUAUGACCAAGGUUGGGCUAAGUAAAAUUGUGCUGGGCUUUAUCAUGCCAAGCAGGGUAAAAGACUAUAUUAGUUUUAUUUGGGCCUAUCGUGGUUAUGGGAAAAGGCUGCCCAAACAUGGCCUUGGUCAAGCCGAUCUCUAGGAAAUAUAAGCCGUAGUUGAUUGUGCUCGUUCUGAUAUAUCAAAAUAAUCCCGUGGUGGAUUCCCCUCAAAACAUAAAAAAAAAAGAUUAAGUACUUGCCCUUGGGGGUGUAAGGAGAAUCAAACCUUGGCGUCCUGGUUGGAAACAAAUUAGGCAACUGCUCUAAGUUGCUUCUCGAAUUAUAACUAUAUAGAACUAUGGAAGCAAUUAAUCAGUUUGUUGUGACUUGUGUGGAAACUAUCUCAAUAAGUUUAAGAAAAUGUAAGAAAAAAAAAAUCUGACAAUCAUGGAUAUGUGUAGCAAUUUUAUCAAGCAUAUUAUAGCUGGCAAUUAGUACUAGUACAAACACACAAGAAGCAUUUUCUUCUGCUUUCACCUUCAAAACCAAAUAAUAUAAAGUGUUUUAGAGUCUCUCAACCCAUUUCUGCUCUUUUCAGUCCCUAAAAUCACACUGAAAGACACAGAUAUAUAGUUGAAAGAAAAAAAAAAACAUGUAUAAAACAAAGUUACAAGAGAUGUGUGAUGUGAAAUCAUGGUCACAUCCAAAGUAUACAGCUAUCAAGUAUGGUCCUGAUCAUAGUCCAAGGUUCACAGCUUCAGUGUUCAUCAAUGAUGCCGCCUUUAAUUCGCCUACUUCCUGCAAAUCCAUGAAAGAAGCUCAAAAUAAAGCUGCUGAGGUUGCCUUGAUGCAUUUCAUCUCUUUGUCUUCUGCUCGCUUGGUAAAUACUAGCUCAUCUCCAGGCUGUGAAUGUGAUACACCCAAAGAUGGAUUAAAGAUGAAGGAAACCAGUAAGAGUAAGACUAUAAUUCCUGUUGAAAUCAGAGAAGCUGUGACCAAGAAACUUCCAAAGCUGAAGGAGAAGCAAGAGGAGCAUAAGAACUCGAAUUCUAUUGCUAAUUCAGAGGAAAUAGAGAUUGAAGAUGCUAAACUCAAUCUGACUUCAUUGUCACUUGAAGAAUAUCCACAGGAUUUUGGACCCAAGUUAGCUCAAGGAGGAGGGGCUUCCAAAUCGAAAAAGAUUGGAUGGACUGAUCCUACUGGAGUGGAUGAUUCUUCUCUCAAAGGUGAAGGAAAACUAGUGAAUACUUCAGCUGAGAAAUUGGUGGAUUCGAAGAAGCAGAAAGAUCCUGAAGCAAGAAGUUUCUUAAUUUGCAACCGGGUCAGAGUUUAUACCUAUAUACCAGACGUAAGUAAUCUUCCCAAGGGAUCAACUGUGCUGCAACUUAGUGAGAGCAAGUGGGUUGUUGUCAGCCUGGAUUUCCCAAAUGAGAAAAGCAAAUAAUGUGUUAACUUGAUUAAUCAACUUAUUUGUGUCUGAAAAUCAGUUACAAAGCCUUAACUCAAUAAACAGCUGAUUCAAAAAAAGAGACAAAACUUGUUUGUAACUUAAGAUGAAGGACCAAAUUGUGUGAACCAUAUACCUGGGUUAAGUUUCUAUCUGAUCUAGCUUUCUACUGUUUCAAACUA